AUGCUUCUGCACUUCAUUCUCGCGGCACUGCCCCUCGUAACUGGGCUCAUUGUUCCACGUCCAAAUGGCACCUAUAGUGUAGGCACGCAUAUCACCGAGUUUGUGGAUGAUAGUCGCUUCAUCAAUGGCACCCAUCGACGCAUCAUGACCACCUCGUUCUUCCCGACUGGGUAUCACUCAGACUGCCUGCCUUACCUAACUCCAUACAUGCCCAAACUUACCGCAGACUACAACGCGGCAGUAUACAGCCAGUUACUAGGCGCGACAAUUCCUAACGCUACAUUGGAACAAUUGCAACUGCAAGUCUGUAACUCGACAUGCGGCGAUAAAAGACUUGGUCACAGAAAAUGGCCGCUCACGCUCUUUUCUCCUGGUCUGGGUGCUUCGCGCCAACUUUAUAAUGCUUUGGCCGAGCAGUUUGCUGCUAUGGGGUAUAUUGUUGUCACCAUUGAUACGCCCUUGCAAGCCGACAUCAUCGAGUACCCCGAUGGCUCGUACCUACUGGCACCGGGUAUAGGCACCGAUGCCCAACUCAAUGCCGCACUUCCCGACCGAGUCCAAGAUAUCAUCUUGGUCAAGAACAAGUUGCUCACUGGAGCGGGUCUGCCAUCCCCUAUCAAGCCAGAUGCCAAUCGCAUCGCCGUGUGGGGCCACUCCUUUGGCGGCGCCGCAGCAGCUCAAGCAGCACUGCAAGACUCAUCCUUCAAAGCCGGCAUUGAUUUCGACGGCACGAUGUAUGGUUCGGUAGUUACUACCGGCAUCACCCAACCUUUCCUAAUCUUCGCACACGACAACCAAACACUUCCCGGCACCAUAAGCUCUUGGAAUUCUUUCUUGCAGGCCUCGCCUGACAAGUCCAACAAGCUGGAAUUGAGCUUGAAUGGUUCUGUACACAAUACGUUUUCGGAUGCGCCGCUGCUGGCAGAUCUCGCUGGUCUUUCUGGGUUGCCUGGCAUAGACGCUGCACUUGGGAGCUUGGAUGGCAGAAGGGUGCUUGUUAUUGUUGCUGCAUACACGAAUGCGUUUUUCCAGUAUGCGUUCCAUGGGGCUGCAAAGGUGCCAGAGCUGCUGAAGGGUCCCAGUGCUGCGUUCCCGGAAGUUGACUUCUUGGUUGGUCUAGGUCAAGUCGCUUGA